GUGGUUGACAUGUUGACAACGACAACCACAGUUGACCAAAUAUAAACUUUUUUAAUUUAUAAAAAGAUAAUCAGCUUAGGAAUUUGGGAAAAAUAAUUACUUUUUCAGUUACCACUAGUGAUUGUGCAACUUACGCCGUAGAUAUUAAGAAACUGUAUAAAACGCUUUCUAUCAGUUUUAUUUCUUUUAUUGUUUUUAAUUAAAAUCGAAAAUUGAGAGUAAGAUUAAUAACUUUCAGAUUUCAAAGAAAUCAACGCUCACUAAUUUUUAUGUGGAAUUGUGAAUUUCUAAAAAAGAUAAAAUGGCAAACAAGUGUAACGAUUGUGGAUGUCUCUGCAAAAAGUGCUCUACAAAUGAUCAUGAUGUUCAACUUCAUCUAGAAAUAGAAAAUCUGAAGCAGCAAUUAGUUGAAAAGGAAAACCAUAUUGUGAUGAUGGAAACAAACUUCUUAAAUGAAGCGAACAAAUUUCCUAGUGGUGAAUUAGUUGCUUUAAAAGAAGAACUGUUAACUUGGCAAGAUAAGUACAAACGUUUAUAUGAAGCACAUAGAAGAGUUCAAAGAGUUAAUCAGGGACUUGAAGAUAAACUAUUAAAACUGGUAGAUGUGUGUGAAACUGACAAGAAUGUUUUAACAAAAGAUGUUGCUACAUUAUCUCGUAAUUUAGCAGAUGCCAAUUAUGCAAUUAAGAAACUAACAGAGGAUAAUGAGAGAUAUAAAAAUGAUGUCAGUUUAGCAAUCCAAUUUUUACAGUGCAAGCAAACUAAUUUUGUUGCACAUAGGUUUGAUUCACUCCCUGUUGAAGUACAGACAGAAGUAGCAUCAUAUAUGAGCCAUAAACGAAAACCUAAUGAAGAGAGGAAAGUGCCAUUAGAACCUAAGAGUAUUAAAGUUCCUAUACCCACGUUUCCACCUACGGCAAUGGUUUAUUCUGUACCAAAGUCACCGAGACCUGAUAGAAAAAUGGCUGAUGAUGCAGAAAAACCAGAAGUAGAUAUUGUUUCGGCUGCCAUUAUGGCAAAAGUAUUGGAAGAACGUCAGAAAGAAAGAGCUUUAGCAAAACAUUGUGAUUCUUGUACUUGUGCGAAAAAUUUAAAAAUUAUCUAUGAUAUUUCACAUCACACUGUUGGAACUCAAACUGGCGAAUACAAAGAUAAUGUUUGUUUGAAAUGUAAUGAAUUAUCUCUGUCUGUUUUAAAUGGAAUGCAAAUUAUUAAACCAGUAGAUGAAAAAUCGAAAAGAACAACUUCGUAUCCUACUUUAACUCCACUUUCACUGGAUAUUACCCAAAACUUACAAAACAUAGUAAAAGUUCAACCAAACAAUUUUUUAGUGGAAAAAGACAAGUCUUCUUCAGCUGAAUCCGGAAGUAACGUUCUAAAAGUCAAUUUAUACAAGGAUUCAGUUAAAAGCAAUUCAGCUACAAACACUUUAACAUCACCUGUAGACAAAGAUAUUGAACGGCCAAAAAAAUUGAUUGAUUUUCAAGAAACAUCUGGAAAUCUUAGUAGUACGUUGCCAGAACUCCAUAGAUUUCCCAGACAGACUGAAAUCACUAUAGAGAAUGAGAGAAUGCUUGAAGGUAAUAGUGCCAAAGUUAUCGAGACAGACUCAAAAUUUCCUUUAAUAAAUACCAGUACUAACUCAAAAAAUAUAUUGUUGGAUAACGCUCAUAGCGAUAUAGCACCAGUACUGAUAAAUAGAGGUCAUAUUAAUCAAAUUGAUAAGAGUAAACGUUCGUUGGCGCAGACGGGCAAUAAACGUCUAGUCAAUAAUAAGAAACAAGAAAAAAUCGAAGCCGAAUCCACGUCGAGCCGAGACAGUAAACGCUUUAGCCUGACAAGCGAAAACUCGGCUCAACACCAACAGAGAAUAUCAGAAUGGGUGCAGGUCACCAUCGAGAACGAUAACGUCAGCAGUUCGGAAAAUUCUAGGGUGGACGAUUUGAAACCACAUCACCAAAUGAGGAAAGCGCAUAGCAUCAGUAUCAACAAAGGUAGAUAUGCUGAAGUGGAAGAGAAUGUAAAAAGGUUCUUGUUUGGCGAGAGCGAGUUUUUAAAGACUGUAGAAAUUGGAAAGUUAAAAUAUCGGAGUUUUAGGGAAAACGAGAAGGUGAGCUUUAAGGAAUCUCGUGAGGGAAGUCGUACUAGUUCUCAUACUGAAACUGAUAUAUAAAAUUUCAAUUAGUACUUCUACUAUUUUCUAACAAUGUUUCCUAUUAAUUCGUUUCUUUCUUUAAAUGCCCAUAUGUACAGGGUGUUUUAGCCACGUAUAUUUUAGCCACUAGCGGCCUCCUUAAAUAGUGUUUUGAGAAAAAAAGUUGUAAUUAUGAAAAUUUUAAGGUUUUAUCUGAAUCACCAUAUUUUUAUUUUCGAAAUAAUAAAAACCACUUGAAUAACUGUCAUAUUUUGACAUACGUAAGUUGCAUUUUUUUAAACAGAAUGUCCUGUAUCUGCUCUAUCACUCUUUAGUUGAAUAGACAAUUUUUUCUGGUUUCUAAAGUCAAGAUUUUUUGUCUGGGUUUGGUUUGUUUGAAUCACUUUUAAUCACCACAAUUCUAUACGGAAUACUAUAUUAGUGAAUAAUGUUUAUACCUUUGUGACGGGUUCAUUUCUUAAAAAGACUUCUGGGUUUAUCGCCACUAGAAGAAAGUCCUAAACCAAACUAAAAUAAAAAAGAUAUUUUUUAUAAACACCACUGGCGUUGAUCCAACGGAGACCAAUUCGUCAGUGGUAUUUUACUAAUAAAACAAAUUAUCUAAACCGGCAACAAUGCUUAACGUUUCAGGAGGUAUAUCUCCUCCCGUCGUCAGAAGCAAAAAACACAAAGAAAAAAAGUAUUUAAAAUAUCUAAAUACUAAAUAUUAUUUAAGAAUACUUUAUUUUUUUAGUAGCUACGUCUAUUAUAAACAGUUGACGUUUUGUUAAAAUCUCUUGUGAAAUCCUCCUGAAACUUUAAACAUUUUUUGUCUGAUUGGCAAAAUGGGUUUUCUUAAUAAAAUACCAUUGACAAAUUGGUCUCCGUUGAAUCAACUCCCCCCCAGUGGUGGUUACAAAAAAUAACUUUUGUAUUUUGUACAUUUUUUCUAGAAGCAAAAAACAGUCUUUUCAAGAAGUUACAUUUUGUUCUGAAAUAACGGCUCAAUGUGCUCAUGUGUAUAUUAAGUUAGAUGUUUUUUGUGUUUCAUCCUACAUAUACAACAAAAGUUCAAAUAUGUUAUACAUUUACAUAUGUUGCAAAUUUUAGUAAUGAAACAAUAUCAAGAAAAUUUGAUUUUCUAUUUAGUAAUUAACUCACUUCGAAAAAUUGCUCUAGAACUAUUAAAGACAUUAAAAAUUAUAUUUUGUUAUUUUAUUAUCUAUUUUAAGUCUAUUUUUUGAAAAAAUAUGCACCAGUAAAAUUCAUUCCUUACCUGUAUUUAUUUGUAAUCUUAAAAUUAACUAGAAUUAUUAUAAAUAUGUUUAUAUAAUUAAUUUAUUCUACCAAAAGAAAGACAAAUAUUUUGUUACCAAUAUAUUGUUAUAUAAUAAAAAUAUUUAAUUUAUUUUAUUUUGUUUUUUUCUUUAUUAUAUACAUUCAUAAAAUGUUGUUGAAUGUAUUGAAUUGAAAGUAUUAAUAAUUGUUAGCAUUAGAAUUGUCAUGUCAUGCAAUGUAUUUCAGCUUUAGAAAUAGCUGAAAUAUAUUGCAAAUAGAAUAAUUUUAGUGUCAGAUACCAGUCUAAAGGUAGGUUUAUAUGCAUCCAUCAUGCAUCGUUUCGUUACACCAACCGCGUUGAGGUAUUACCUGUCAUUUUUGAAAUAAACCUAAAAAAUUCCAUAAAAUCAAUGACGGUCGACAAGACGGAUGCAUAUAAAUCUGCCCUUAAUCGGUGGUCUGUAUUUUAAUCAAAUACAUUUAAAAAGCAAUGUAUUUAAUUCUAAUGAUAAAAAUAAAUUAGUUUAUUUCCGGUACAAACAGUUGAUAGGCAGAGAUACAAAGGAAAGCAGAGUUGCCGGUUUCUACGUACAAUAAGCAUAAUUAUUAAAGAUUGACGAGGUAGAAAUAGAAACUGAAUUAAGCGAGUAAGCCAAUAGAGUUUCAAAUAUUACGAGAGGUAUUAGAUAGAACUAUAGCAAAAUGUCUAAUUAAUUGUUGUUAUUAACCUAUGUUGAAGGACUGUUUGAAUCGCUUUCUUGAUAAUUGUUAAUUUUUUAUUGGAAAAUCCGGCAAUACAGCAUAGAAGAAAUGGAUCAUCCCACACUUUGUCUCUGUUUAACAUAAAUUUUCAUUAUCUAUCAUUAUUUUGCAUCUUAAAAUUCAGACCACCGCACCGAUUUAGAUUGGAUAGGUCUGAAUGUAUAUGGCUUUAAUCCUAUUAAAAUCUAGUGACAUUUGUGCAAAUAAUGUUCUAUAGGGUAAGGAUACAUAUUUUGUUAACUAUUUAUAUACUCGUAACUAUUACUAAAGCUAGACAUUGUUCUAUACUUUACUGGACUUCCAAAUGUGUAGAUCUGUGCAUCAGGAAAUUAGUUGUUAAAAGUAGAAUAGGCAUAAUUUUUUUAUUCAGAAAAAGUUUAAAAUAAAUACAUGAAGGGUCAGGGGAAAAAGCAGGCAAGUCAAUUUUCCUCCAAACUGAGAAAAGCACGAUUUAAUGUUCAAAACGUUACAAAAAUAGCGUAAGAGAGAUUUGUUAGAACUUGGUAAAGGUAUUUUUUAUUAGAUAAAAUACCAUUGUAACGAACAAACGUACGAACUCAACAAUGCCUGGUUCUUUCCUUUUUUUUGCUUGACUUGUCUGUUGUUUUUCCUCUAGUAUAACUUUGACGCUAUAUAUCUUCUAACUAGGUUGCUUUUUUCCCAGUUUUGCGGCUUCUAAAGAUACUUACACUCACUCUGAGGGUACAUUCGCACUAUCCUAGAAAAAGUGGAACAUCGUAUCGGUGUAACGACCUUGAAUCGAUUUCCAGCAAUUCUAUUAGCUGAAAUUUUUGACAGAUGAAUUUUCGAUAAAUUUCAGCCAAUAGAAUUGCUGGAAAUCGAUUCAAGGUCGUUCCGCUUUUUUUAGGUUGGUGUGGAUUUGGUGUGGAUGCACCCUGAGCCAAAUGCACCAAAUAUUUAAAUAUAAUAAAAAAAAUAACUUAUCUGCUUCCUUUCCCUGACAUUUCACAUAUAAUUAUUUUUCUAUAAAAAAUAAGUGGUGAUUUGACUUACCUUGUUUGUCAUGAAAAUAUUGGCCAGUUAUAAUACCAGGAAAACAAUUGUAGUUUUGUAUGGAGCAGAUGAAACCAAAUUUAGGAGAGUAUGUUCACCCCUAAUUUACAACAUUGGAAAGAGUACUUGGCUAGCAUCUAGCGUUGACACUGACAGUAUAUGUCUAAUCUGUCCAACGAGAAAAUACAUAACAGUGCUAUUUUCUGUCAUUUUUUUGGAUGUCACCUGUCGAAAUCUACCCUGAUUCGUUGGACACAGUUUAUUUUAAUUUAACAACUGAUUCCCUGUAACCACAGGAAAAAUUGCUCUUUACUAUGUAAAAACUUAUAUAGAGAUAAAAGACUUCUAUUUUAGUGAAUUUUUCUGACCAAAGUAUUUUCUAUGAAGAAAUCUAUUUUAUGGAUGGUAUAUUUUGUAAGCAGGUACUUGAAUUGUAAAGAAAGUUCGCUAUAUAUUUUAAAAUUAAAAUUAUAUUUUUCUUUCUAACUUUAGUAUAGGAAUACAUGUUGUGCAAGUAAAGUAUAAAUAUUUCUAGAUAAAAUAAAAUAUUUAUCCUUUUCAUUUGUUGUACUGUAUAAUGGCAUUAUCAAGUACUACAGAAUGUGUCAAAAAGUUCGCGACAAAUGGAAAAAUGUGUUGUUAAUUGUGUUAUUGAAAGAAAGUUUAUGUAGAUUUCUUUGGGCUGCUCUCUAACAAAAGUAAUAAUUUUAACAUGUCAUGCGAUAACUAUCAUGGCGGUAAAUUAGAAAUAUCCUUAACAUAUACGAAGCUUGGGGUUAGGUCAUAAAAUCUCAAAAAUCGGGAAGAAAAAAGUUGUGUUGUGGACAGAAUUUAUUUCUACGUCUAUGUACCAAAUUUUAUAAAUACA